AUGUCCGCUGCAAACCGAGGAGGCCCAAGCAAUGCCGGCAGGCGGAAGAGGGCUCGCGAUGAAGAGGACGAGAUCAUGUCUUCAUCACCAGCUGCUCUGCCUUCCUCUCCGCCUUUGCUCCCUACGAACGAGAACGAUGAUGAUCUUGGGGAUGAUGAACUGCAAACGGAGGACGACCUCAUUGGCGACAUUGACGACGCCGAUGAGAUGGCUGAAGACGAAGAUGGAAUAGACCUAUUUGGAGACAACUUCAUGAAUGAUGAGCGCGAGCGCCGCGAUCAGGAGACGUAUCAAGGACGAAUGAUCGAUGACGAAGGUGACUAUGAUGACCUCGAUCUGGCCUCCCGACGUCAAUUGGAAGCACGUCUCAACAAACGUGACCGUGAGCUGGCUCGGAGACGCCGCAUGCCGGCAGCAUUCAUGCCGGACGACGACGACGACGAUGCUGGGAUCGAUUUAACCAAGCAACCACGAAGACGCCGCCAUCACUAUGACGAGGAUCAAGACGACAUGGAUCUCGAUGAAAAUAUCAUGGAGGAAGAACUUUCCUUGGAGACGUUGCAAGACGUUAAAGCAUCCAACAUCACCGAGUGGGUCACCGAACCCUCAGUUAUGAAGACCAUUGCUCGCGAGUUCAAGUCAUUCCUUACCGAGUACAUCGAUGCCAACGGCACAUCGGUGUACGGCACCCGCAUUCGCACAUUGGGAGAAGUCAACUCCGAGUCGCUGGAAGUCUCCUACGAUCACCUGGCCUCUACGAAAGCUAUUCUGGCGUACUUUCUAGCCAAUGCUCCGUCGGAGAUGCUCAAGAUCUUCGACAAAGCCGCCUUUGAGGUGGUCCGACUACACUAUCCAAACUAUGAGCUGAUUCAUCCGGAGAUUCAUGUUCGAAUUUCUGAUCUGCCAGUUCAAUAUACUUUGCGGCAACUACGGCAGUCGCACCUCAAUUGUCUUGUGCGGGUCUCUGGAGUAGUUACCAGACGAACUGGUGUCUUCCCACAACUUCAGAUGGUCAAAUUUACUUGUCAGAAGUGCGGUGUAACUCUUGGACCAUUCGCCCAGGAGUCAACAUCAACCGAAGUCAAGUUAACCUUCUGCCAGAACUGCCAGUCUAGGGGGCCUUUCACGCUGAAUAGUGAAAAGACCGUCUACCGGAAUUAUCAGAAAUUGACUUUGCAGGAGUCUCCUGGGACCGUUCCAGCGGGCCGUCUGCCACGACAUCGAGAAGUCAUUCUUCUUGCGGACUUGAUCGACAAGGCGAAACCCGGUGAGGAAGUUGAAGUGACUGCGAUUUAUCGUAAUAACUACAGUGGCCAGCUCAACAAUAAGAAUGGCUUUCCUGUGUUUGCCACUAUGCUCGAAGCCAACCACAUCAUCAAGACUCACGAUCAGCUCGCUGGCUUUCGACUGACAGAGGAGGACGAACGACAGAUCCGAGCCCUUUCAAAAGACCCCAACAUCGUUGAAAAGAUUGUCGAUUCGAUUGCCCCUUCAAUCUAUGGACACCGGGAUAUCAAGACGGCAGUUGCGCUGUCUCUCUUCGGCGGGGUGAGCAAAGAAGCCCAAGGCAAACACAAGAUCCGUGGUGAUAUCAAUGUCCUCCUGCUCGGUGACCCUGGUACAGCCAAGUCUCAAGUGUUGAAGUAUAUUGAGAAGACGGCUCAUCGGGCUGUCUUUGCUACGGGCCAGGGCGCUUCUGCCGUCGGUUUGACUGCGUCUGUUCGCAAGGAUCCUCUCACACAAGAAUGGGGACUUGAAGGCGGUGCUCUUGUCCUGGCCGAUCGAGGAACCUGCCUGAUUGACGAGUUCGACAAGAUGAACGAUGCCGAUCGAACUUCUAUUCACGAGGCCAUGGAACAACAAACCAUCUCGAUCAGCAAGGCGGGAAUUGUUACCACUCUGCAAGCACGCUGUGCCAUCGUCGCCGCAGCCAAUCCCAGUGGAGGGCGAUACAAUAGCACCAUCCCAUUCAGCCAAAACGUCGAGCUCACGGAGCCGAUCUUGUCUCGUUUCGACAUUUUAUGCGUGGUUCGAGAUACUGUUGAUCCCGCUGAAGACGAGCGGCUGGCAAACUUUGUGGUCAACAGUCAUGGACGAGCGCAUCCCGCGAGACUCGAGACCGAUGCCGGAGAUACUGCCGCUAUGGAAACCGAACGGGAGAAUGCAGUCAACAAUGGCGAACCACGACAAGAGGGAGCCAUUCCGCAAGAGUUGCUCCGCAAGUAUAUCCUGUAUGCCCGGGAAAAGUGCCGGCCAAAGCUCUAUCAGAUCGAUCAAGAUAAAGUAGCCAGGCUGUUCGCAGACAUGCGAAGGGAAUCUCUCGCCACGGGCGCAUACCCUAUCACGGUCCGUCACCUUGAAGCAAUCAUGAGAAUUGCAGAAGCAUUCUGCAAAAUGAGACUGUCGGAUUUCUGCUCUUCGCAAGAUAUUGAUCGUGCGAUUGCGGUGACUGUCGAUUCAUUUGUUGGGAGCCAAAAGCUGAGCUGCAAGAAGGCGCUUGCCAGAGCGUUCGCGAAAUACACAUUACGUCGUCCAGAGCGUCAACGCACUCGCUUGACCGGAAGAGGUGCCAAUUCAAUGGCAACAGUGGCGGCAUGA